CUAGUCCCUUUUCAUCAGACCUGUUUGUGGAGAAGAUGAACUGCAUAGAAGUGGCUGUGUUGCUUGUCCUUGUACAAGCUGCAAUUCUACACAAUGCAGCCUUUGCCAUGCUAGUAAAUGCGACUUCGUAUCAAACUACAGUGGCUCCAGACUUGACUCAUCUUCAAGAAACAACUGGCCCCUACCCUCACAGUACACCAGUGCUAUUUUCCAACGUGUCCGGUUCUUUGGAUGACCGGGGAAUAUGCCAGUGCUCUGUGUACCUGCCAGACACUACAUUUCCCGUGCAGAAGGUUGAGAAAUUGGAAAUCAUAGCCCAGACCCUGUUGCAGAAAUUUGAGAGUGAACUGUCUAAAGUUACACUGUACAUGAAAACAGUGGAAUUGUAUGAACAAAAAAUCCAAAAUCUAACCGUCAAGGUGGAACAUAUGGAGAAAACCAGUGUUUCUUAUACUGAAUUGGACUUCCAGUUACUGAAAAUGGAAAUCAUACAAAUGGAGAAGCUAAUUACUCAGCUGAAAUCGACACUUGGUGAAAGUAACGUGAUCGUUGAACAACUAUAUGUAGAGAUCAAGAAUCUGACUCUCAUAGUGAAUGAUAUGGAAUCAAUGGACACAAACAAUAUCCUUGCAAUUCGUCGGCAAAUUGUGUAUCUGCAGAAUCAGUUGAAGGCAUGUGAAGAGCACAGCAAUAAGACCACAGAAGUACCCUAUUUCCCACCAGGUAGCUGUACUCAUGGUGGAAUUCUCAAUGUCAGCCAACCCUACAAUAUACAGUUGAACUGGAGAGGAUUUUCCUACAAGUAUGGUGCCUGGGGAAGGGAUUACUCUCCUCUUACCCCUGAGAAGGACCUUUACUGGGUUGCACCUUUGAAUCCAGAUGCAAGAUACUUAGAAUAUUACAGACUUUACAAUUCCUAUGACGACCUCUUGUUACACAAAAAUCCUAGAGAGUACCGAGUGGUAUUUGGGGAGGGCAGUGGCACUAUAGUUUACAAAAAUUUCAUGUACUUUAAUUAUUAUGGUUCAAGAGAGAUAGCCAAACUUGAUUUAAAUACGAAUACCAUAGUUUUGAGGAAAGCUCUGCCAAAUGCUGCUUAUGGUAAUCGUUUCUCUUAUGCUGGUGUUGCAUGGCAAGAUAUGGACUUCUCUGUGGAUGAAAAUGGAUUGUGGGUAAUUUAUUCAACUGAGGCCAGCACUGGUAACAUUGUGAUUAGUAAACUCAAUGAGACCUCACUUGAUGUGCUAAAUACUUGGCAGACAAAACAGUACAAGCCAUCUGUUUCCAGUGCCUUUAUCAUAUGUGGUGUUCUAUAUGCCACAAGAACUGUGAACACCAGGAAAGAAGAAAUCUUUUAUGCUUAUGACACAAAGACUGGACAGGAAAGUCAAAUCAGUAUCAUUGUGGAUAAAAUGUUAGAAACAGUCCAAAGUAUCAAUUACAGCCCUGGUGACCAACGGCUUUACAUCUAUAACGAUGGCUACCUUAUUAGGCAUGGUCUAACCUUUAAAUCUAUGUUACAGUAAUAUGAAUAUAUAGAAGAGUUGGACCAUUACAGAUGUGAUAUUCCUCUGGACAAUAUUAAUGCUAAUUUUAGGUUUGUUCUGAAGAGAACUAGCAAUUGGGCAUGGGGUUUAGUAUGACAGAUAAUUCCACUGAAGAGAUAACUUAUCAUAAUAAAUGCUAUACCUGGGAAUUACUGUUUGCAAGAUGGGAUUCAUGUUUUAAUUAGUGCUUUAAUACAAUGAUGAUAGGUGAAUGCCUAUUUUGAUGUAACAAAGAGAGGCUGAAACUGCAUUUCCUUAUAAUUGUUCAAAAUAUGGAAGAAAAAGAAUUCCCUUAUAUAUAGGUCCCACAUACUGCUAAAUAUAAUAUAUAACAUUGGUGCCAUAUACCGCUAAAGGAUUAAAGUUAGAAGAGAAUUAAGACUUGAUCUAUGAAGAGAACUUACUGAUUAAGAUGAAAUGCUAGAAAGGCCAUUGCUAUAUAAUAAUUCCUUUCUUGCAAUCUGCUAAGGUAUUUAGACAGCAGGACUACCCUACAUCACUUCCUUAAAAGCUGCACUCCAGAAAGCACCUGCAUAUAUUAACAACCUUAAAUAGUUACAUGUUCUCAGCACUAUGUCCUUGGGGCUUGAUCGAAUGCUAACUGAAUACAAUGGACAUAUUUCCAUUGACCCCAGUGAUCUAUAGGCGAGGUCUUUUAUGCAUGCCAGAUGUUGCACAAGAACAGAACCUAUGUUAUCUGCAUGCUUCCAUUCAGCCUUUUUUGGCAUUCUGUAAUUAGAUUAAUCUGAACUCAAUUAGCCUGGAGUCAAAUUCAUUCUUGGUGCAACUCCAUUAGCAUCAGUGAGAGAAUCUAACCUAUGCUAUUUAUAUCCCAUAAUUCUGGAUGCUUACUUUACUUUUAU